GGCACCAGCAAUUCGAGCCUGGAGGAUAUCGUGGUGGAUUGGAAAUUUUCAUUCAGCUUGCAAAGUACAGGUUAAUUAUUAUUAAUUACUGUUUUAUGCAAUCAGUUAAAGUGCAAAUUACAUGAACCAGGAAGAGGGUGGGAUAUAUCAUGCAUAAAGUUAUUUUAAUUGAUUUUCUUGUUGAAGCAUAGGUACUUUAGUAACACACACCUUUCCUAAACCCAUACUGUGCAAGUUAUUAUGGAAACGAAGUGAAGGACUUGUAUAUUUUAGGUAGUACUAUUAUAUGAGUUCCAUGUCAUAUUUAAAAGCAAGUAAUGUAGACAUGUAAACAUCUUGUAAAUAAAUACAUUUGCUUUUAUGUAAGUAAAACAUCACACAUUUCAUAAAUACAAGAAAUGGGGAGAAUGUGAAUGAUUAGUAGAAGAAUCAAUUCAUUCCAUUAAGAUCUUCUGAAGGUCUCCUUGAUGGACAUAUACUAGGUGUCAUGGGUCUUAAAAAAAGUCUUAUUACCUCUGACAACCUCCCAAAAUAUGACAAUUCCCAACAUGUUUCUUCAUGUAUUACUUUUUCAGAUUAAAAUUUAUAUUCUUAAUUUCACUAAUUUACACACAUAUGUCUGUGCUGUUUUAACAUAUGCGUUUUAUUUUUAACUGUAGAAAGAGGCUAGGCUACUCUGCACAGCACUUGUUUAUUAAUAUUUCAUAAUAGUAACUUGUGUACAUUGAAUUCUCCAUAUUCUGCAGUUAACCAGCAAUGCUAUAUAAAGCUGAUUAGAUAGCUCAGUUCUUAGUGUUCCAGCUCCAGUAUCAAUGCUUCCAUUUGGAACUCUCAGGACUGUAUAUUGAUUUCCCAUCCGGGUUAUUUCAGCCCUUUAAUCAAAGUCAUUAAAUUGAGAGCUACUUAGUUUUAGGUAAUAAUAAUAUAUACACCCAAGGACGUAUUAAGACAAAGUGAAAUCUAAAUAUACUCUUCCAGGUGACAUACUUUAUUAUACUUUUUUAUUAUCACUAGUAGUAGAAUACUUUGUCCUUCUUGCUUUUACAGACUGUUCCUGUUUGAGAGAAGAUGCAGUCUUCCCCCAUUUAUAUCCCCACAGACUCCUCGUAUGCUGAGCUUGGGUCCCAAUGUCUGUAAGUGUACUUUGCUAAUUUCCCUCUGAGUGCAUGGGUGUGCUUUUUUCUACAGGUCUAUAUAGGUGUAAAUGCAAAAUUGUACGAUCACCAAAUAUCAUUGUGGAAGCAAAGUCCAAUCUAAUGCUUUUCACUCACUACUGUAAUAAAGCAUAGAGGCGUACUUAUAUCUAUAUCUAAUAUAAACCGUAACUAAGCUGUGUUUUAAAUGCAUUUGCUUUCAAAUUGCAAAACUUGCUUACAGUAAUCAAAGUAGAUGGGAAAAAAUCCAGAGUUUAAUAAAAGAUUUAGGAAAUUUAGACCAAUCUGCAUUCACUGCAAACUGAAAUAAAUAUGUUGUUAUUGGGCAAAGCAGCAGUUGUGGUUUCUUAGGAGCUUAUUCACUAUACUCCAGUCGUGGUGAAUUGAAAUCCGAAGAGCGACAUUUAGGUAAAAUAACCAAAAGCUUUUACCUAGGUAGGAGAAUUUUCCAGAUCAGCGAUUUUAGAUUUCAGUUUAAUGCAGUUUGGAGAUUAGUGGAAAAAAACAAACCUUUAGACACUCACUGCAUCAGGUCAUUGGCAACCAUGAUCCAUAUACAAUCAGGAGGAAAGCACACAUAUGUCAGAUGGAGGACAGCAAAUGAUAAUAGUUCUGGCGUCCCCCCGACCCUGAUUUACCCAUUUGUGGGAGCAGUGGGAUAAUGUGCAUGUUACGACUUUAAGGAUACACUUUAUGUAACAUAGUCACUUCAUAUCAUUGUAGUGAUUAUGGUGCCUGGAGUCACCUAACACCAUCUCAAUAGUCGGUGUUAACCAUUUUGAAUCCUAAAAUACUGAAUGAGUAUCUCCGGGCUUCCAUUGAUUGGCCCCUCUCUUCUGCAAUGGCUUAUGCAUUAGUCUGAGCAACUAUGGGUGGCAGUGAUAACCUGGCAGCAUCAUCUGUGUGUUUUAAGAGUAUCACUGCCACCCAUUGCUGAUGGUGGGAAUCGGAUCACAAUCUGCCGAGGACUCUCAUUCAGUAUCAAACAGUAUGAAAGCUGUUUAACGUUAAACCAUAGAUUAAGUAGUUAUGGUGCCUUAAUUAAACACCUUAAUUAUGUCAUGUAACAGGAGAGUUGUAGAUAGUCUAACAUUCCAGCACUAGACAGCAGAUGGCGCUAUCAGGCUACCAUUUCUAAGGAAAUUAAUGAGAAUUGUGAAAAUAUUUUAAUACAUAUUUUGUAAACGUUGUUUUCUUAAUUUUUUUUUUGGCCCUUACCAAAAUGUAAUUUGUAUAUAAUUCUAUCAAUUUAAUCAGCAAACCAACUGUAUUUUUAUCUAAAAUGUACUCAGUGCACAUCUUUAUAAACAAGCAAUAUGUCUUUUAAAAGCUGAAUAAUCACCUUUUUUCAUCUGAACUCUGCGUAUUAAUUACAGACAGUCUAUAUAGCCUGUAAUGCAUGGAUCUGCAUUGACCCCUUUAUUUGCAGCAUAUAAUUGCUUUGACUUUAACUAGGAGAAAAUAGUUACAGAUUAUACCUGUGAUUUUCUAUGUCAUAUUUGUAAAUGUGAGUAUUUUUCUAUUCUGUAUAUAAAUGCACUGGUAAAACACUGUGGCUGAGCUAGGUAGUGUGCUGCAGUUGCAUUGGUGGGAACCUAUAAUAUUCACUGACAAUCCCAGAAUGUAGUGCACAGGUAGGUACUACCUCUGUCCUGGGUAACCUGAGGGCCUUUCAGUCUGGUCAGCCACCGCUUAUCUUCAUGGCACGGCAGUAUACGUACACUCAGUGAGGGCAUAGAUUUGUCCUUGAUAUAACUCUCGGGUCCAUAAAGGACCAAUACUAGCCAUUCCACUGACCUAUCCUUAUUGGUGGAUGGUCUAGUCCAAGAUCAAGACCGCUGUGGCUGAACCUUCUGACUUGUGGCCUUAAACCUAAUAUUCUUGUGUGUCUUUUGAGAUCUGUAUUAUUAUAUAAGUGGUGCAGGUUGGAGAUCGUGUUCUUCUCAUUUACCUGGAACACAUUGACUGCUAAGUGUGACAAUGCAAAUAUAUGUGAAAGAUAUUUGAAAUAAUGCCAGCCCAGCUAAUGGAUAGAACAUUAAUGGCUGCAUCAUGAGAAGGAAAGUACACAAACAUUUGCAAUGCCAAGAUCAGCAAUCAAUAGUGUGGCAUAAUAAGCUCUACGGCCAAUGCAGUGAACUUGUUACUAUCCUUUAUAAAUGUUCUUAGUUAUCCAAUACCCUUAUAAGUAUUCUUAUUAUUACCUAUUGGACUGGUUUUUAUUUUUGUAUACUCUGUAAAUUACUAUGUAAAUUAAGUGUAAACUUUUUCUGAUGGGUCCACAUGAAAGAAAUGAGUACAUUUCUUCAUUUUUGAGGUUUUAUUUAUUUGUAUUUAUUUAUUUUUUGUCUGUAAUUAAUAUUUAAAAGAAGUCCAAAGACAGACACCUCUGCGCAGGAACCCGAUGAGUUCGAGAACAGCGUUUUAGACUACACUGACAGAUCUUACACAUCAACAAGGAAAAAAACUCAUUACGGAGAAUCUGCUUCAUCCCCUGCCGAAAAAUUAUCCAAAGCACAGCUACUAUCAGAGCAAUAUAUCAAAGACAACGAGGUGAGAUAUUGUUGCUGUGUAGCCUGCUUCCCGUUCCUUUAAUGUUACUCAGUAAUAAAACCGUGACGCAUUAUCUCUAAUGUUAAUAAGCUGUUGCAGCUUUCACAGUUCAAAAAUAAAACCAUUGCUACCUGCAGUGUUGUUAAACCUUAUUACUCUAAUAAUGAAAACUCCGUACUCAGAUGGGAGAGUGAAACUAAUGGAAUUAAUGAAUUAAUUAAUAUGAGUUGGGGUUUGUAUUACAGGAAUAAAUAAAAAGUUACCAGCAUAUCAGAGAAGCAGCAUUUUUCAAUGUUGUAGAGCUACACUUUUAUUUUUUUAAAUUCUAUUAGAACCACUAUUUAAUCUGUCGUUUAAAUUCUUUUUAUUUCAUGCAGUUCCUCAGAGCCAAUAAGGAGUUAAUCCGAUGUGUGGCAUUAAGUAGAAUUGUGCAUGGCGAUGGACAUUGGAAACUGGCCCAAGCCUUUGCAAACCUUGGUCAUAGUUACCUUAUUUUUAGAGGUAGGUAAAAUGUACAUACAUUGCUAAUAUGAGUAGGGAAUAUUAAUGCUGGCAGUUAUUAAAGAUCACCUGCACUGUUUUAGUUUUUUCUUUUUAGUUCUGAUAGGUAACUUCAUAAACGUUGUUCAAACUUUGUUUUAAUACAGCUUAAUAGAAAGUAAUUUGUAAAAUAUAUGUAAUUUCUAAAAUAUGAUGUUUUAACCUGAUAUUGUUUGCGAGGGUGCUGUAUAAUGUAGAUAAUAUAUUGUGUGUUCUGAAUUAAUUAUGCAUUACACAGUUUGCCCUGGAGAUAUGCAAAGUAUGGCCAAGGUCCUACAGGGUAGGAGACUGAGAGAGUCUGUGACAAAGGAGCUAUUUUGUUAUUGGAAUCACUAAAAUAGUGAGAUGGAAUAGAUUGUCAACCUGCUUGUAAAACGUGAUAAAAUCACUAAAAUGGAAUGAAACUAUGCUGGUUGCAUCUAAAUUUGUCAAAUCACCUCCAUUUUAUAAUUCAUAGAUUUAUAACUGCAAAAUAAUAAACAAACAAUAACUGCACAUUUGAUAGUUGUGCAUAGACCUCCAAGUUUUAACCUGAGAACGGAUUCAUACUAGCAAAAGCAAGUGGCACAAUGCAGGUAGAAUUAAGCGUGCUGAGAAGAACCUUGCGUGCUGUGUUCGAUGAUGAUGAACAUUAAUGCAUAUUUGUGAUACAUUGUCUAAAAUAUCUCUUGGAAAUAUGAUAAAUGUGACCUAACUGUGGCCAGAUUCUUCUUACCAGUGGCAUCUGUAUGUAUGCUAAACCAUACAAUUCAUUAUAAUCAAUCAGUGUUUCUUUCAAUAUUUAUAUUACAAUUUUUUUCCAAUUUGAUGUAUUUGGAGCAAUGUCUGCUGAUAAAGUGCACUGCCAAUAUAUAAACAGAGCAAUCAUUUAUGAAUAUAUCUAGCCGAAAAGAGAAUAAAUCCAAAUUAAACAUGGAUAUACAUAUAUACUGUAUGUACGUUGGGAAGAGUUGCAUGUGUAUAAUGUGCUUGUUGAUGUGUAUUUUUAUUAUGCAGUAUGGUAUAACAUAAACAAGCUCAAUAUGUUCUAUAAGACUUGCUGUAUCUAAGCUGUGUAAAAGGCUACUCCGACCAAAAAAUAGAGUUUUUAGAAACUCUUUCUAACUAGUUCUUCAUCCUCCCCCCGCCACCCCCCCAAAAGAAAAUAGCUAAACCUAACCUCCAUUAAAAUGCUGAGGUCAAGUUCUCCUGCAGCCUGAUCCUCCUCUGCUGAUGUCACUCCCCCCUUGCUAGGGGAAAAUAUGACAGGAAAGCUGGGUAGAGGGGACAUGGGUGGAUCGCAGGGUCAGGUGUGCUGCCAUUGUCUGUCAGACCCCAAACAUGCACAGAACAGACAUUACCCAGUCCAGAACUAUUCUUUUGGAUAAUGACAAUCCAAAGACCCUUCCAAAGGUGGAGUUACACCUCCAGUAGCCGAAGGGAUAAAAUCUGUACAGGCAAGCAUUUUAUAGCGAAACUGCACAUACCAACUUAUUGACCACUCCAAAUCAGAAGUUCUUGGAGUAACUCUAAGCUUAUCUGUUGGUAAAUGGAGAGGAAGUAAGUUUCUCUAAGCUCUAAAAAGAUUUUGGAAAUGACAGAAGCCCUUGGUUAGGGUAUUCUUUAAAUCCAAAUGUUUAAAUCAAUGUUCCCCACAACUCAUAAUAAGCAUACUGUUUUUGGUGUUUAGGAAGCAUCACAAUUAUUGGUUAUUAGUUUGAGUUGCUAACCCAGUGUUGCAUUUGGGGCUUCAUGGGCCUGAAGUUCACAAAUGGAUGGCCCUACUUGCAUUUACAUUCUAUUUGUUGCUGUUAUGGCUGCUUUGGAACUAUUUCAAAGCAUUGGCCUGGAGCUGCCACUUCAAUAGCUGUUCGGCCUGACCUAUUUUAUAUUUGGUUUUGAGUCUCUCUUGUAACACCCUGGGGAGCAAAUAUUUUGCCAUGUUUUUAGUUUUGGUGCAAUCAUGUCUUAUUUGAGUUUAUUUGUCAUAUUUUUUUCUUUACAUGUAGAGCUGCCGGCUCAGGCAAGACAACAUGCCGAAUCUGCUAAAAAUAUUCUCCUUCGUGGAGUUGAUAUGUCAAACUCUGUGGAAGACAAGAGAGAAAUAUUAGAAACUCUGGUGACUAUCUACUAUACUUUGGGGAUAGCACAUCUUCAGCAGAAUAAAUAUCCUUUAAACCACUGACAAAACCUAUGAAGAACCAAACUGGGUGCUUACUAUCUCACACCUGUCCCUCUCCUUCUUGUUUUGGAAUAACGCAAAUAUUUUAUAUUAUUUCAGCUAUAAAACAGAAGAUUCCAAGUAGGCUGAGGUUAAUAGCUAGUUUAGCAGCAUAACAACACAUAAGGUAUUUCUAAAAGUGCUGUGGAGUUGGAAGUAAUUAUGGGUUACAGAGUCGAAUUUGGAGUCGGAGAUAUUUUAAUACUAACUCCGAUGUCCUGCCAGUGCUGUGGAUUCAGCGUUGUGGAGUUGGAGGCAAUUUUGGGUCACUGGAGUCAGAGGUACCAUAAGUUGCUGAUAUGAAUUAUCAAUACGUCAAGUGUUGGCUGGACUGUGGGUGGCCAGGGACCCUCAAUUAAUGUUAAACUGUUCAAAAGUUAUUUGACACUAAAUGGAGCAACAGCACCGAGCACUAUAACCAAUUCAAUUACAUGACAUGGUUAUAGUGGCUAGAGUGUCCCUUUAACCAAAUUUUGCAAGGAGUUAAAGAGUAAAGAUUUGUUCUAUAAUAUUAUAUAAUUCUCAAGAAUUCUUAAUACCCAAUUGGGCUGCAGGACUACCCUAGCAAGCACAGGCAGUCAAUAUUAGUAAAACAAAAACUGUCUGACCACCAGAAGGAGAAAUGCUAUUAAACAUUAUUUUCUUAUGUAGUAAGUGUUCAUUCAGACUUUAAAAUAGAUGCUCGAAGUAAAUGUAGAAUUAAGCAUGAUCAGAGCAGAAAGUUUAUAUCCUUAAUUGUCCAACUGGAAAAGAGUCCUACCUCAGCCUCCAGAAGGUUGAGAAGAUUGUGGAAGAACUGGAUGAAUUGCAAGAGACAAAAUCAGUCAUGUUAAAAAUAUCCGAAAAAGAUAUUGCUGUUGCACUCGGAAUGUAAGUGCAAAUGUUAUCUAGUUUGUUUUGUUCCUCCAUUACCUGCUAGGUGAAUAAUUAAAGGGACACACCACUUCCCAAACAAAAAUAAAUAAAAACCAUUGGUAAGUAGAAAUAGCCCAAAUAAAAACUUUUAAUUAUGCAUUUGCAAUCCUGCCAGUCAAGCGUUGUCACUGCAAUCACGGUGUCACUGGAAUCACAUGACUCUGGUCAGUUGGAUUGGCUACUGGGGAACUGCGUAGCUUGUUACGCACAUUCCCAUAACAUCACAAAGGGGUUUGAAUGCAUGUAACGUUUCGUUUGAAGUAUAUCUACUAAAUAGUGAUUUAUUAUUUAUUUUUUGUAUUUGGGCAGUGGAGUACCCCUUUAAUUACAUGCUUGUUUUUCUUUCUAAAAUAUAUUUUCUCAUUAUACAUCUGGUUCCAAAAUAUUAUUCUUUUCCCAUAUUUAAAGGGCAUGUUUACAGCAAAAUAAACCAAGUUCAGCAAGAAAUUAUUUUGAGCAAGCUGUGAAUCUUGUUAUUGCUUCCGAAGGGGACAGUGCUCCAGAACUGAUUGAUCUGUACAGGAAUUUGGCCAAAACUGAACAACUGAGGAAAAAACAUGACAAAGCCAUAGAGUAUUUAUUGCAGGUAAGGUUUCAGGGUAAAUGGCUGCCUUCAAGCUUAUCAAUUCACUAUUUCAUUGUUACUGUGUGUCAGGCCUAAAGAUGAGAAAAGUAAGGGUCUGGUAGAAAACAAGAGUAUGUUAUGGCUUGGCGAAAAACGAGACCACAUAUAUGCAACCAGUGAAUUAUAGCUAGUCUGUGACAUGUCUCUACUUUUAUUUUCUUCCUUUUUUUCUAUCAUAAAAUGCUUCUAUAUCUUUUAUAUUUAUUUUGUCAUAUAAAUGUUUAAAAUUUACUUUUGUGUAAAUGAAGGAACAUACAUUCAUGCAUAUAAUUCAUGCAAAAACAUGUGUUGCAUUAUUCUCCCUCUCUUACCGUCUGUUCUGAUAGGCAUAUGACUUGCUUCAGUGUGUGAAAGGGUUAAAAAUCACUACUUGUCUGCAGUAAACCAAAAAUGAUGGGAAAUAUUCCCUCCUAACACCACUCAUCUAUAAAAGCUGCCACAACCAAGGCAACACAGUUUAGCAGAACUGCCCAUUAGCUCACAGUAUUAUUCUAUAAGUCUUGUAAUGUGAUUCCUUUACCAGAGGCAGAACUUAAUAAAGUCAUAUUUAUUAUGAUUAAAAAAAAUUGUCUCAUGAAAUUUUUGUACAAAUACAAAGUAUGCUACAAACAAAUUUACAUACACUAAGAAACAGAUAAAAUAAAAAUGGAGAAAAUUAACAGAAACCCAACACUCGGUGGACUAGCAAAUUAUUGGUAUUGGAGCUUUUAGAAAGGAAACAGAGAUCCAAUUCAAAGUCGUUCUGGCUCUCACAAUGAAUUACAAAGUUCUUUAAGUUUUUAGAAGAUGUUAUAUAAUUUUUUUUGCCUAUCCCAGGUUUUAAACCAGCCCUUUUUAUGAGAUGGGGGUGGAGUUGCAGAAAUUCCAGCUUUAUGCAGAGCAAUUCUUGUAUUACAAAACAAGCCUGAAAUAUACAAUGCUAAACACUUAUAUACAGAUGCUUCUGAUCUCUUUGCGACCAGACCAGAUCAUCUUGGUGAAUCCAGACAAUUAAUAAGGCCAAGAAUAACAUACAUUUCAUACAUAAUGUCCCAAAACGAAAAGAGCAUAUAAAAUCACUUCCAAACCCUUCAUGGAACUUCCAAUAAACAUUGUAAAUUUGUGUUAUUUGUCAUAUUCUCACUGACGGCUUAUGUGGUAGGGCUCCAGUAGCCCUAAAGAUCACUGAACCUCAGAACCAGAAACUAGUCUUAAAUAUCACUAGACGACUUGGUUUAUAAACAUGAAAAGAAAACCUUAACUUGGCUCACCCCAAGUUAAAAGGGUAAACCAGACGUGGACCCUGUGCCCACUGUGCCUAUAGGGAUAUCAGCUACACCUCACAGACGAGGCCCAACAGAAGGUUGAAACAAUUGUCUGGGGUUGCUGUAUCUCUUGUGCAUGUGGGACCAGUCUGAUAUGCUUCAGAAAUGUUCUCUGUGUAAUGGCACAAGUGAGCAAAAACUAUUUUGAGACCUGAGCGGGGAUAUACCGAACAGCAAGAUACUGAGUUUCUCUAAGCUUUUCUCCGUUCUCAGAGUUCUCAUUCUUUCUUGUUUUGGUAAAAAAACUUGGCUUAAUUGGUGUGCAAUGUAUUUUCCCAAACACCAACAAGAUUAAACUCAUUUCUUUCCAGACACAGUGUAUCUCAUAUGUCUUAGUUAAAGGCAGCCAAAUUAACCCUUAACGUGCUGUGAUCAAUCAUACCAGCUCUACUGGGUAACCAUGCCAUCCCUCCACUACAGGCAUUACACUGAUCAGCCAUAUCAUUGAAACAAUGAAUACAUACCGCAUUAAUUGACAAAAUAAUUGCAAAGGACAAUAAAUCAUGCCCACUGGGCAUAUCACCAUAUGCAUUUUAAGACCCAUUGUAUAGUUUACAAAAUAUAAAGGUGCUCAAAGCUUUUUCCUAAACUUUUUAAUAAAGAAAAUGAUGCUCUCAAUGUAAUCUUGGUGUGAAGGCAUUUCUCUUGUUGACCGAUAUGGUGUCAUCAUGAUAUGUGCACAAGGUGGUAGCUUUAUUUUUAUAAAAUCUAGCUAUAUUAAUAUAUGCACAGGUAUAUUAAUGAUUGCUCAGGCACUGUAACAUGUAAUAUAAUAUGGGAUAUGAUUCAUAGAAGAACAAUGACAUAAGAAUUUAACUGUAUGUAUGCAUUUCCUCCCUAUAGGCAGUUUCAAUUUCCCAUGCAACAUACAACAAACCCAGUAUUGAAUCUGCUGAAACUGAGCUGUUAUUGGCCAAGGCAUACGCUGCUUCUGGAAAUUCAAACUAUGAGGGUAUGUUUAAAGCUCUUUUUUCUUAUUUAAAACAAAGCUCUCAAGUUUAUGCACAGUGCAACAUUUGAAAACAUUUAGAAGUUCAAGAAAGGCUGUUCUCGGCACCUUCCUGAUCUUUGCAGCCAUUGGGUAUUUGUAGCAAAUUAUAGAUGUUUAUAAUUGAGAAAGGACCGGAGGAGAUGCGAAAUGUUGACAUGCCUGUAUAUUGAAUAGAAUAAAGAGUACACUUUUUAUAUUGAAAACUGAAGACCUAUGAGUGCCCUUGUCUCUUUUUGUUUUGUGAGGUUUAUUUUGAUUUAUUCAUUUAUAUGUUUAUUGUCUGUUUUUAUUAUAAUGUGUUACUGCUAAAAACCUGGCACCACAAUAUGGAAAUGUAAAGAGGUGGUGUAACAACAUGAUGGAAUGUCAUUUGAACUAGUUUUCUUUUUGUAUUAGAAGCAGCUGAGAAGUGUUUUAAAGAAAGUCUUGGCGUUUAUCAAACAGUUCUGGGUCCAGAUGAUCAGCUGACGCUAAAUGCUUGCAUUGAAUACAGUAAAUGGUUAAUUCAGAUUGGGAAUAAAAAGGCAAGUCAUUUGAAAUGUGGCUAUUUGCUGUGUGUAUAGCGUUAUAUCACAAAGUCCAAACAUCAAAUUUCAGCAGACCAGAAUGUAAUUUGCAAGCAAUUUGACUAACUGGUUUCUAAAAAAAUGUAUUUUUAUAAAAAACACUGUUAAUAGUCGCACUGAUCCUGAAUUUGUUUUACCCACUCCCAUAAAUCUAGUGACUUUCCUCACUUAUUACAUGCCGUGCCCACUCCUGACAUCAUUUGCCACUAUGUUCCUUCCUUCAAUUGAAAUUAUGCAAGACCCUGGUUUUUCCUCCAGUGGCCCCUAUACAGACACCAUCUUCAAUAACCAUCAUAAAUCCUCCCUCCCUUUAAUAACCAUUAUCUACACCCACCCAUUCGUGCCAGAUUACUACUAGCUAGCACCCUGUUUGCAGGAGGAGGGUCCAAUAGGCCUCUUAGUGACCAAAUGAUUUAACACAUGGGAUAGCGGCACUUAAUGUUAUGUAGAAGUGAAGACCCAACACGUCUUCUUUUAGGGAUUGUUUAAUUUCAAUAUUGGGAGUACUGAGCCCAAUUUUCUAAUUUGCUACACUGUCUGAAUACGUAAGAACCUCACCAUAAAUGACUAUACAGUGCUUAUCCCAUCUCUGCACCAAAAUAUCCCAACAUUUAGGGGGGAAAGUCAUACUGAUUGUAUACAAUAUACAACUUAUAUGCAUUAAUCAGCAACAAAGUCAUUACUGCUUUUUGUUUGAAUCUCAUGUAGUUAGUAUAACAUUCAUGUAGGCUUAUCAUUUUGCUUUUAAUAUAAAUAAAACAUAUAGCAGUAAUCAACCCCAGGAGGGCAUGUGCCUAAAUGCUGUGCAAUCCAAACAAUUAUUUUAACAAGAAAAUUCUUCGCAUUUGUUCCCUGUGACUUUUAGGAGGCUUAUAGUCUGCUCCAUGAAGCUAUGAUCUCAGACGCUGAAUUCAGUGAAAUUGGGGCAGACAUCCUCAGUAUUAUGGGCAGCAUUUGCUUAUCAGAUGGUAACGUUGUGAAAGGCUACAAACUGUUAAAGAAGGUAAUUAUGUUAACUCUCUGUAUGUGCAUUGUUUAUAAAUCUUGCAACACAAUAUGGCAAUUCCCCAAUGCUUUGCUCAAAAUCUAACUGUAUGGGGAUUUAUGCUCUAAAUCAGGGAUAGUCAACCUUUUAAUACCUACCACCCACUUUUGUAUCUUUGUUGAUGGUAAAAUUUCCUUACCACCCACCAAUGCAGCAGUAACUAAAUUUAUGUUGUUUUUUUAGAAAGGAGGUUAUUUAUUAUUUUUUUUAAAUAUGUACUUAAAUUUUUUUCUCUAUUUUCUAUUCUACUUUUUUUCUAUGUGUGUCUGUGAGGUGCUGUGUGUGUGUGAAGGGUGCUGUGUGUGUGUGUGUGAAGGGCAUAGUGUGUGUGUGUGGGGGCGCAGUGUGUGAAGAGUGCUGUUUGUGUAUCUGAAGGGGGCAGUGUGUGGGUGAAUGUCGCUGUGUGUGUGAGAAGGGUGCUGUGUGUGUGAGUGGUGCAGUGUGUGUAAAGGAUGCUGUGUGUGUGUGUGUGUGAAGGGUGCAGUGUGUGAGGGGUGUAAGGGGUGUAGUGUGUGAAGGGUGUAUAGGGUCUAUGCUGUGUGUAGGUAGGAGAGAUGUGAAAAUCUAUCUUAAUGUCUCACCCUCCCUUCUUCUUACCUUUUACCAGGGAGGGGGGACAUGGUGGUCCAGUGGUGGCAUGUUAACUUUAGCCUGCAACUCCUCCGGCUGCAGGCUGUCUCUCCUGUCCUCCUGCAAGCACAGCAAUGUAUCGGAGCGUUGCCAUUAUAACAGGCGGCAAUGCUAAGACCAGCCUGCUUGUGGAACACAGAGCCUCCCAGGCCCUUCCCUCCCUCUGCUGGAACUAAGUGCUAGCGGGCUGGUGAGGGAGAUCUUUGAUCUCCCCACCAGCACGAGAGGGCCUUCAUCAAGGCUGGCUCUGCAUGGGCAGGCUGGGGAGAUCAAAGGAUCAAGGCCCACCAGGUGUUUUCUGCAGAACCCACCCCCCCACAUGAAAUCCCAAACCGCCCACUAGAGGGCAGUAAGGGCCAGGUUGACUACCUCUGCUUUAAAUUGGGAAAUGUGGCUACUUAACAAAUGGUGGUUAAAAAGGCAGUGUCAGUGUGGAGAUUUUUGUAAAACCAAAUAGCUUAUAAAAACUUAGCUAUAGAUUGUUAUUUUUUUUUUUUUUAUCAUGCUAUGUUUCUUUAUAUAUUAAUUUGCAUUCAGUCCUGGGCAGACCAGGUAAAACAUGUAAGCUGUGUCAGCAUAGUAACCCCUACAUUGCCAAAGGCACAGGACAUGCACAGGUGUGGCACUGGGGGGAGAAAUGUCAAAGGUUCAUGCAGACGCAGAAUGCGUAGGGUGGUUUCAAUGCAUAAUGGGACGACUCUGUCAUCCGGAAUGUGGAAGUGAAGUGGACGUAAGUAUUUAACUUUUGCGCUUUUUUUUAAAUUUAAUCCAGCAAAUGUUGCAAUAGAGUAUUCUGGGGUAAAGGGAUAAGGAAUUUUCACUUCUCUGGAAAUUACAGUUCUGCUUUUCUGCUCUUUGCUACUUUCCGCAUAAAGAGAGGUUUAAAGCAAUACAGGGAAAAGGUAUCAGCCACAAGGGUAUCGACAAGGGACUCUGUGUCUGAAAUCAUUAUUUGUAUGAGCUAUAAACUCUUGCAUUAAUUGGUUGGUGACACUACAGCAUUAAUACCCACUAACACAUGGACAUACACUAACGCAAACGUUUUAAUUUCAUUAUCUCUCUCCUUGCCUUACUCAGACAAGAAGAGAGAGAAGCUCCAUGCUGUCUCUGGUGUCUAGUGCUGGGGAGGCAAGAAAGUUGUACACCAGCCACCACAGCCUUCUCUCCUUCUCGGCACCAGACAUUCAAUGUAAUGAGAUUCCAUACAAUAUUUAAAGGGACACUAUAGACCACUUUAUCUCAGUGAUGUUUUCUGCGUGUCACGCUCCCCCAUUUUAACACUGCAAGUGGAAAUAUUGCCGUUCUGCAGAAUGGCAAUGUUUACAUUUUAAGUUUUGAAUGCCUUAAAAUAGCUGAUUAAAACUUUUCUAAUUCUAAACUCAGAGACCGUAUGAUUGGCUCAGCGUGGUGUGUUGCCAUUCAUGUGCACUAGUAACCCAAAGCUUUCCUAUGGGAAAGAAUUGGAUUGGCAGAGUACAUCAAUCUCGAUGAUCUCAGCCAUGGCAAUGGAGACUGGCACUGGGAGAGCUAAAAGGUAAGUAAAAUACCUACAGGUGGGGGGCAGUAACCUAAACGGCUUCCAAUGCACCAUAGUUUUAGGAAUACACAUUUGUAUUCCUAAUGAUAUAGUGUUCCUUUAUAGUAUACCUGACUUUUACAGACACUGUGCUGGGACUUGCCAUGUUCCGUGAAAUACAACUUCUUCCUAUAUCCCACAAUUUGAGCUUGGCCUUCUGUCUUUGCCAGCAUGAGAUUGGCACAAAUGUUUUUGUUUUGUCUAUAUACAUUCCCUAUUCUUUGUUAAUGUAUCCUAAACAUGUGUGGCAUUUAUCAACCCCAUGUGUACAAACAUCUACUCCAUGUGCUUUCUAACAGUGUCUCGGAAUUCAGACUGUAGUGUACGGGACUCAGCACACUAAAAGCCGAGAGACACAAAAAAUACUGGAUACACUGAAGAAGUAAGUUGACCUUAAUAGUCUAUAUUUACACAGAAAGUUUAGUUAUUGAACAUGAUUUUAUAUACAUAUACAUACACACACAUAUAUAUAUAUAUAUAUAUAUAUAUAUAUAUAUAUAGUUAAGACAUUGCUCAACACAAAUACACACACACCCCAGUCAAGCCAUAAGACUUGCUUUUUCCCAAAGAAAUUCACUUUAACAGUGCUCCCACUACUGCAAAGGAUUCUGGGUAGGCGUAUGUAAAUGAGCUCAACAAAGAACCACAUUUUUGCCACAUAAUUCCACUUUAUACAUGGAUUCCUUGGAGUAUGUGUCUGCUGUACACAACAGCUUUGAAACACAACUCAGGAAAAGGAGCAAAGCCAGUGUACCACUCAUGGACAGCUGUUUCGUUGUGUAUAUAUAAAAUCAUAUUUAAUAGGUAAACAUUAUAUAUAGGUAAAAUAUAUUUAUCAGAAAUGUAUAAAUGUAAAUAAACUAAAAAUGCAAUUCAUAUAACCUGUGAGUCUAAGUCAAAGGAGUUGGCAAGUUGAGACAAAAUAAUGGAACACUCCAAGGACCAACCAUACCUACUAGAACACACUGUAUUGCCCUGUCAAUUCAUUCUAGAAUGGUUUGACUUUUUAACUGGGGUCUGCUGGGAUAAUAAUAAAUACCCACGAGGAACAAAAAAGGAUCCUGGAAAAUGUCUCCAAAAGAAAAUAGGUAGCCUGAACAAGAUGUUACAUGAAUAAAUAACGUUUGUUCCAUCUUUAUGGAAAUCCUUGACUAUAAUAUUUAAAUCAUGAAGAUAUUAAAGCAACAUAGAAAUGAUGAGAACAGACAAAAGCUUAGAGACUCAACAGCUUGCCGUUUGGUACACCCCCGCUCAGGUCUCAAAAUAGUUUUUGCUCACUUGUGCUAUUACAGUUAGAACAUAUCUGAAGCAUAUCAGACUAGUCCCACCCGUACGGGCAGUCCAGAUCUGAAAUGCCUGCAAGCUCACUCUGCACAAGAGAUACAGCAACCCCAGACAAUCGUUUUGGCCUUCUUUUGGGCCUCGUCAGUGAGGUAUAGCUGAUAUCCCUCUAGGCACAGUGAAGAUAUUUCAACCAGAAGGAUAGCACAGAGACAGUAGUUUCCAAUCAUUGUGGGAGACUGCCAGUAGGUCCUCAUGGAAGGCUUUGAGGCUGGUGUGAUGCAGCUCUCAUGCCAUUGGGCAAUAGUAACCUAACUGCUUGAAAGUCAGAAAGUAAUUAUAUAUAUAUAUAUAUAUAUAUAUAUAGCAAUUGUUUACAUGACCAAAAUAAACAUGUUUUUUCCCUUCCAGGUCAGGCGGUAUCAAAGAAUAAUGCCAAGGACAUUGGAAACGGACUGCAGUGUUGCAUUAGCAGGGAUAAAAAUGUCACAUUGCUUUAUCCUAUAAUGUGUGUCUUCACCUCUGUGUCUUUUAAAACCCUUUAGCAUUUCUUUUCACCCUCUUUUGUCUUUCAUCCCCCUUUAGUAAAUCGUAUACUGCCUUUGUAUGUCUUGCAUCCCAUUUAGUGUAAAUUAUAACCCUUUUUGUGUAUUUUGUACUCCCCUUGUGUCUCUUUUCCCCACCUUUCCCUUUCACCCUCCCCCCCGAGCCUUUGUGCAUCUCUUACUUUCCCCCCCCCAAGCUCCUUUGUGUCACCUGGACAUUGCCCCCUAAGAAAGGAAAAGGUCCUGCCACUCCAAGGCUUAGAUAGGCAUUUUUAUUAAAACUAGUGUCCAGCAGCGUUUCGACCCAAAGGUCCAGACAUUUUCCUUUCUUUGGUGACUUUUCACUACUUAUUGGGCCUUGAUGCUGGCCCCAGGUUUGUUUGCACACAGGCUUUUAUAAAUUGAUUGAGUGCAGUUCCAUUUUUUGGAUUUUAGUAGAUUUCACCCUAAUGAAGCUGCCUGUACCGCCUUUUGGUCACACUGGUCCUGCCUCCAGGUCACUAAAUGUUUCCAGGAAUUGUAAUGUAUCAUAAAUUAUGAUGCUAUAAGUGAAACAAGGCAAAUUGUUCAGCAUUUCCAUUUAAAGCCAAGAUCACAAAAUUAAGGUUUAAUUUUAUACCAUACAAAUGAAAUCAGAAAAUGAGAAUUGCUGCAAAAUCAUGAGCUGAAAAUUCCAUUAGUCCAGCAGUUUAUGGGAUAUUAGUACAAGUAUCAAAACAGCCCACACCAAGAAUGUCAUAUAAACUGAUGGAGAAGUGUGAAAUGGUCCCCUUACCCAAACAUGAAGAGGAGAGAUGGGAUAAAUCAUGGAAAGGCGAUCUUUGAUAAAGUGACGCUCCAGGCACCAAUACAACUUUAAUAAAUUUGAUUUUGGCCUCAUUAAUAUACUGUAUUGUCUGCACAGGAAAAGAGAAAAAAUACAAUGUUACCUGUGCACACUCUCUAAUCCCUGUGCGCAUUUAAAUAAACUUUUUUUUUUUGUAUCACUCCAUUGGUCAUUAACGUUGCCACAGCAAGGAAAAACAUUUUUAGGGGAGUCAUUCACUAGCCAUUCACCUUGCUCACUUAGCCAAAACAUAAAAUCUUUAAUGCGACAGAAGGGUAUUUGUUGCAUGCUCAAAUUUUUAUAGUUUUGCACAAAAAUAUGUUUUACAGAAUACUGCACCAUACGCCUGUCUCCUUAUUCACUUCCCUCAUGCCAGAAAGACUUAUGAAAAGUAUGCCAACAGCUUCUGCUCCAACAGCACUGAGUGAGCGGCUUUUAAUUCACAAAUCUGGUUGCAGACAGAGAAACGCCAACAAGGAGUGAUAUUCUUACUAUAUGUCCCCCUGGUACUCCUCUCCUUCUACUGCAGGUUGUUUUGUUCAAAUAACUCAGAGCAGUCAGUGACCGGCGUCAAAGGUAUGCACAAAGCCAGAGUAAGGGGGCGUGCCUAAGGAGACCGGCUUAUGGUGCAACAAAUUUAUUUUAUUAAAACAGGUUUCAUCUAUUAUGCAUUCAUAUCCCUGUUCUGAUUAUCUCUAUCCCAGAGAAAAGCAUGUGCAUCCGCCACCUCACACUGUCAAUCAAAUGAUUUUAAUUGAGAACCACUAAAUCCAACGAUUAUGAACAACCCCAGAUAAAUGCUUAAAGAAUGUUCUAUAAAUUGUUACAAAAAUUAAACAAUAAGCAGGAACAUUCAAUUGUCGUGGCAAAUAUAUCCCUAAUUGCACCCACAUUGAUUUGAAAAUAGAUUAUAGGAUGCCCAAUAAAUUGAAGUUAUAUUUGCAUUAAGAGAUCAAUAAUGUGUAUUCUGUAUAUAUUUGUUUUAAUGUGUUUUUUGUGGUUAUUGUAUUUGGCAUUAAAUUGUAUAAUAGGAAAAAAAAAAAAUCUUUUGGUUAGAUGAUUUGGCCAAAGUGGCACCAUAGACUUGGACUGGGUGAAUAUCGAAUAGCUUUCAAAAGCUUAGGGGCUUUGCACUAAAAUAAGUUACCUUGGGUAGAAUUAUGAAGUUCCAGAUUAUGGAAAAAUAAAUUAUUAACAUAGAAUUCAAAACUACCAUAAACUAAACAAAAAACUAUAGCCAGCCCUUAAAGGGUUACACCAAGCACCAUGACCACUGAAGUGGUUUGAAAAGGUCAUGGUGCCUGGUAUCUCUAUGUGCAGUAUUUCAUUAUGAAAUGCUGCACAAAGUUUAACCCCUCCAGAUGUGUAACUCCACCAGAGUUCCAGUUGGCUGAUGUGAGUUGUGUAUUGAACAUCUAGCACCAGCAUGCUGGCCACAGGCUUCCAAUAGCAGCAGAGCCCCCUCACUCUGUGCCUCCCAAGUCCUCCCCUCUGCCUGCCUACCUGACAUUUGUCCCCCUCCAGCUUAGAAUUUGCCACUCGUGUCACUUCAGUUUAGUUAAUAACCCUUUUAGGUAAACACUCCACUGCCCAAAUAAAAUUCACU